AUGAAAGCCCUUUGUGAGACUGAAAACAUGGUAAGUGGUGACUCUUCUGCGUUUCCGUGUAACCACGAGUUAUGCUUAAAUUUCACCCCCAUUCCCUUUUGUUGCGUUGAGUAGAAUAAAAAGCAACUUUGGAGAUUUCUGUCAGAACAAUUUUCAUCCUGGUUUUUCACCUUUACACCGUGUCGCUUGCUAACAUAAGUGAUUUUCUUGGGUCCGGAAACGUAAAGGUCACGGUUAUGUUUGUGCUCGACGCCAAUAUGUUGUCGCCGCCAAAUCCAAACUCUCAGUCAACUAACAUACCAUACCGACACGCCUAUCUGUACGCCGUAUAUGAUCUAAACGUUAGAAACGAUUAUUUGAACGUUCAAUCGGAGACUUAAGUCCGCGCACACCGCUUCUUUCUACCACUUAUCGGUGAGUUGUCUAUUGUCAUGCCACGGCUGGGCCUGCCUAAUCUGAUCGGUCUUCUCACAAAUUACCUGCUCGAAAGGGGUGGUUUUGUAGUCAACAUUUCGGCCGUCCUUACCGAUGAUGUCCACCAUAUGCCCAUCAGCAGGAUGGUCGCCGGGGUGAUGAAUUGUAUGUGAAUUAAUUUGUAGUGAUGGUAGACUUUCACUGCACCAGCCGUACUCGUCCCUCCCUCACCCUCCUGGCCCUGCUUUUAGACAGAGUCAAUAAGACCGGAGGCGGGAUCAGAACCAGGUGACUGGCACGGCGGGAGUCUGCGUAUAGGUGUUCCGCCACCCCAACCCCAGGGGUACACACAUGUCGAGCCCUGAUCUAGCCCCCGUUUUGGCCUAAUGCAGCUCUCGCUUGGCCCGUUGUAGGGGAAAACAAUAGCAUCAACACCCGCAUGGGAGUGAGCAGGAAUGAGUAUUUCCGUCCCGCAGUUAGAAUAUCUCGGUGUGCGUGACUGAAUAUUCCAUUUUUCAGUCGACAUGACAUGAGCUCGCAAUGUAGUAUUGAGAGGGUUUCCAAUUAUAAAAUGACACCGGCUCUAACCUCGUGCGUGCAGCCCGAGGUUGGGGUAUCACUGACCGGUAAAGCCAAAAAAUGACUACUCUAGUGUUCCCGUAUCUUCUGAUAAGACUUCUACCAAAAAUACCGCAUUUUGACCCAAUUGAGAAAAAAACUAGGUGAUCUCAGUGGGAUCCUAACCCAAGACAGCAAGGAGAAGGCUCUAGUGCAGCCAAUGCUCUAGUCACCUGAGCUACGAGAGACCACUGGGAACCGUGAGUUUAAUCACAUUUGGGUCGAAUUACCCACCCAGCCUACUGCAACGUCUGGAAUCCACAAAAUCUGGUACAAUAAACUAGCCGUCCAAGCAGGAUUUCCCAAGAAAUCCAGCUAGAAUACAUCAUAUGACUACCAGGCCCACGUAAGUUAUGUGUUUUAGCAGAUUUUAAAUAAUUUAUUUUGACCGGUGAAAAACUCGACGACCUCGGUGGGAUUCGAACCCACGACAGCAUGGCGAAGGCUUUAUUACCUACAACGCUCUAUCCACCCGGGUUACCGUUAGUUAUGUGGGUCUGGUGGAUUCUAAAUGGACUGCUUAGGAAAUUAAGUGUCUAAACCAUCUUAGACUUACGUUUGAAGGGUAUUCACCGGUCGGGUUACGAGAACUGCUCCUCGCGUUAUUCCGUGGGUCUCGAUGCCGAACCCUCAAGGGGGAUACAUGCUGACAGGAGUCACGACAAAGAAGACGAAUGGCCAUUACUGGCUUGUUAGACGUCGUCAGCCAGCCCUAUUUAACCCCGGCUUUGGGAACACCAGCGGAUCUAACCUGGGUCGUUUGGGUUAUUGACGUUAGCAAAUUCAACGCUCUACUAAGUGGGCCACGGGUCCGUUGUUCUGUCGGUUUGCGUAAGGCUGGAGGACGAGGGCUAAUAAGUUGGGAAUGACUAUCUCACUCUCCUUUGGUCUUAUUGGGACCCCUUUCAGCAUCCUAACCUUCUAAGAACUUCCUUAAGUAUUCACUUCAGCGAGUGCGGACUCGUUAGAGAGCAGAUAGGCGUACUUUACUCGAGGAUCUGUGCUCAGGCAAGGGGUGCCGAAAACCGCCGGUUUCCACUAAUCUCCCACACACCGCUUAAUACUGGAGGCCUUAGAGUUGAAAUGACUGAACAGAUCUUUGGGGAAAUCAGGGUAUUGCGAUGGGUCUUCAAAAACGCCUGAUGGCUUGCGAAGACCCUGCUUUCAACAUCGAUCCGGGCGCCAACGCCAUUCUUAUUCAGGUUUUUUGGUAGCAACUAGUCCCCAAAAUACACUCUGCUGUUUUAAGUUAGCAGCCAUUCAUCAUGAGGAUUGUCUUUGCUUGGUCAUAGAUGCAUUUGAGAAUAUUUGGGCCUUCUCUUUCACUCGGAGGGAUACAUUAUACAGGUCAUUCGAUCUUGACUCCAGUAGGGUGAUAUAGUCAGUGUUGUCAGGGUUGGUCAGGUAAUGUCAAAGUGCUCUUUCACGAAUCCAGUCCGUGACAGUUAAGUACGCCGGCCAACAGGAUACUACCAUAUUGGAUGCCAUACUGUGCCAAAUUGGCGUGUAGGGUUGUUUUACACAAUACCGCGGAUGACGGUGAAGCCAUGGUGAACCUUCAUCAUGGUCGUAGUUUUUUCCAGUACAUGGAACUGAAGGAGUCGGUGAAGUCAAACAGCCAGUCAUCCUUUUCUGAUAUCCAGGGCUGGAUUUGUAAAUGCCGCGCGAUGUAUAAAUUUGAUCAGUGCAAUUAAGACGGUGGCGUUUCGUAAUGGCGAAUUAUAUUUUAGACGGACGGGCAUAGUAGUUGACAUUAUAAGUUGGCAUUCCAGUCGCUACACGUUUCCACAUACGGCUUGUUACCCGGGCUCGAGUUCCUGCGGCUGAGUGCUCCACGAAAGAAGACUUUCAACAAUAGCAGCAGUUCUCCACCCCGCUUAAGAUGCUAUAGGGGAUUUCGAAAGCAGGAAGUGAGUGUUCCGAUGUGCUUCCUUCGUCCGCCCUCACAACAAACCACAAGACAGCAUCAUGUUGUGGAGCACUUGGUUUAUUUCCCGAUUUGUGAGUUUUAGGAUCUUUUGUCCCUAACGGCCCUUCUACACAAUCCAAUUUCUUCAGUUACUUCACUUUCAAUCCUCCCUCUGCCUAGAUCAUUUCAUCCAUCCCCGAGAACGGCUUGACCAGUGUAACUGUCUACUUCGCCGGCGGCGAUCAGAUGGAUUUGGCCAAUGUGGAUGCCAGUUCCCUCUCCCAGACCCUACAACCCAUCUACGACGCCAUGCUCAAGGCCUCUCUGGCCGGACAGCGGCAGUGGAACCUACUGGUCAAUAAUGCCGGCAGUCUUGGAAAUAUACAGAUCCGCUCAGAUGAGUACGUCUCCUCCACCUCCCUGGAGUCCUACUUCCGUGUCAAUCUCUUUUCGCAGAUCAUCCUUACGAGCGUGUUCCUGCGUCAUUUUGCGCCACCGGAUAAGCCGCACGCUCCCACCACCGUUCUCACUGUUUCCAGCCUGGCCGCCCAGAAACCGCUGUCACAUAUGAUGGCCUACUGCACAGCGAAGGCAGCCCGUGAUAUGCACCUUCGGUGCCUGGCGAUUGAUCGUCCCUCCUUGUCGGCCUUUGUGUACGCGCCCGGACCCUUGGCCACGGCCAUGUACGACGAAUUGGAAAGGAACCAGGGCGACCCGGCCACUCGAGCUCUCUUCAAGGAGCGCCGAGAACAGGGCCUCGUUGUCCAGCCGGCCGACUCUGCGCGUGUCUGUAUUCGCUGGCUGCGACGUCAGCGUUUUGCGUCUGACGGCUCCGUCAGUUUUCCCGCCCGAGUUUGUCCCAUUCAUCAGGCGGGUUAUAUGAACCUCUGGAAGGGUCAACACCUUGACUACUUCGAGGCAAGAGAUCUAGAAGAGGCAGAAUUCAACCGUAUCAGGCCCUAA